AAUUUACCCCAUGUCAUGGUACGUGCCUACUCCAAGGAACGGCGGUCAGCGACUCUCGCAUAUUUACAAAACAAUUCAUGACAUUUCACACUAGUUAUACAUAACUGAAAAGUAGACCAUUACUUUCAUCUUACCUGUUUUUCUUCAGUAUUGCACAAAUGAAAUGCAACUCCUUUAACUUAAACGGCUCCAAGUUUUAAAUUAGGUCUUGUUGUUAUUGAAUUAAUAAAUAUGCAUCUAUCUAUAUGCCUUGUUUGGCUUACACAAAUUAUCUUUCCUUUGGUCGGAAGUGAUUGUGGCUGCAGUGUGAAUAGAAAUGGAGAAAAAGACCGAAAUAAUUUAUAUUCAGGCAAUAACAAUGAACAAUGCUCUGUUGAAAAUAUAAGUGAUAAAGUUGAAGAUGAACAGCGGUCUAACGAAAUGAUGGUAUUAGUGCCGGGUGGGGAAUACCAAUAUGGAACUGAUGACAUUGUAAUUGAAAAUGAUAAUGAAGGACCAAAGCGAAUUGUCAAAGUUAAAAGUUUUUUUUUGGAUAAGUAUGAAGUAUCAAAUCAGGAUUUUAAACACUUUACUAGAGUUACAAAUUAUAAGACUGAGGCAGAUAUUUUUGGAGACAGUUUUGUGUUUGCACUUUUUCUGAAUAAUACCUUUAAAGAAAAAAUCAAAGAUUUUCGAGUUGCCCAAGCUACUUGGUGGUACAAAGUGUUUGGUGCCAAUUGGAACCAUCCUUUUGGACCCGAUUCUAGUAUAACAGAUGUAAUGGAUCACCCAGUUAUACAUGUAUCCUGGAAUGAUGCGAAAGCCUAUUGUAAGUGGAGAAGGGCAAGACUACCUACUGAAAUAGAAUGGGAAGCAGCAUGUAGAGGUGGACAUCAAGACAUUAAGUAUCCUUGGGGAAAUAAGCUUUUCCCAGAACGACAAUACAAGGCAAAUAUUUGGCAAGGAACCUUUCCACAUCAUAACUCUGCCAAAGAUAAUUUUGUUGGUACAAACCCUGUAGAAUUAUUUCCUCAAAACGAUUUUGGUCUUCAUAACAUGGCUGGAAAUGUUUGGGAAUGGACAGAAGAUGCAUGGACUGAAGAUGAUCCCAAAGAGAAGGUGAAGAAAGGUGGUUCGUAUUUAUGCCACCAUUCCUAUUGUUACCGAUAUAGAUGUUCAGCACGAUCACAUAACACUAUAGAUAGUUCAGCAGGGAAUUUAGGAUUUCGGUGUGCUAAAUCAAUUUAAUUAUGUAUUAUUUUUUAAGUUAAGAUAAUAGUAACAUAAUAUAAUAAUAUAAAGGUAGGUACUUAAUAAAUAAAAGUUAAAUCAACCUGUUCAUUUUGUUAUUUUUAUAUAUUAUUGUUUUAACAUUUCAAUUGUGACAUUUUCUAGGAUAAUUUGUAUCAUGAAAGACUUUAAUAAAUGUUAUUAAAUGAAA